GAUUUGAUUUCUCGUAGGAUCGCACUUCUUCGGUAGCUCGUGUGUUCCAAAACACAAAAAAUCAGCGGAAAAAAACAUUAGGGUAUGAAAAACAUGGCGAAAUACACCAAUAAUGAUUCCCCUUCUUCUGAUCCCUUUGCUGAGUAUAUGUGGAUGGGGGAAAUGGAAAAAUUUGACGAAGAGGUGGAAAAAGAGUUUGAGGAACAAGAAUUUAUAAGAAAUUGUAUAGAACAACUUUUAGAUGAAGAGGAAGAACGUGAAACUAUUUUUUUUCACGAAAAUGGCAUUCAAGCCCUUCCCAAUGGUUCUCAUAAUCAGGAAGUUCCUAAUGGUUAUGGAUAUCAGCCAGACCAUUAUACAAAUGGUUACUCCCAUCAACUCAAUGGAAAUCAUCAAGAGCUCGAUUAUUAUAUGGAGAAUUUUCACAUUAACAGCCAAUGGCAACAACAACAAGUUUCCCAAAUUGUUAAGAAAUCAACUCUUAACCCGAAUGCAGCUCCGUUUACCAUGAAUCCUGAAGCAAAAGAAUUUGUCCCACGUAAUAGCUACAUGCCAGCACAACCACCUCCAAACCAAUGUGUACCUACUCAAGAUAAAACACAGACAUUUCAAAGCAAAUCGAGCUAGUCUUGCUGGAGAAAAUCAGACAAGCAAUCCGUUAUUUGGAUUUGGUUUACUUUUUAUAAUGUCGUGUUUGUGCUCAGAGAUAUUUAUAUAUUUAUUGAAAUUAACAGUAAAUUAAAAAUAGAAAAAUGGAAGCGAUCGAAGCUUUCUUGAGUUUAUUUUUUACUUUCUUUAAUUUCUUUUAGUUUUUGUUUAUGUUGAGCGUAAAAUCAAAAUGGAUGUCGUUAUUUGGUUGGAGAAUGUAAAGUAAAGCGGGGUUUGUACAAAGUCACUUAGAAUGUUGGACUUUUUGUGUUAAAUCAGGGAAUAAAAGAGAAAAGAUAUAUACUGCCAACUUGUCUUUUGUGUGCUCUUAAUUUUCUAAUUUCAGUGGAUGUUUCUAUUAACUAAAAUGAUUUUUUUAAAAAAAUAUAUAUCGAAAAUAUUUCAAGGAUAACGAUAUAUUUUAGUGACUUUGAGAGGGAGUAUAUUAAGCAUUGAAUAUCGUGUAAAUAUAUUACUUUUAUUUUGGAUUUAUAAGAGAAUGUGUUGUUUUUAA